AUGACGGGCCCUCGAUCUCAUCUUCAGGAUGAGCUUGCGAAGAACCCCGCGCGAGUAACAGUGCAGACGCGAUACGGUCCUGUUACAGGCGGUCGCGCCAACGGGGGGCCGGCUGUAUUUCUCGAGAUCCCGUUUGCUUUACCUCCGGAGAGGUUCAGUGAUCCGGUCCCGCUUCCCCCGGACUACAAGUACGAGGAUAAAGAAUACCUCCUUGAAAGCGCAUAUGGUGCUCAACCGAAGAAUGACGGUCAAGCAGCUGGAGUGCCGUAUGAGGAUAAAGUCGGGCUUGGAAAGCCCACAGAGAAUCCGCUGUUCGUGAAUGUCGUCGUCCCAUCAUCAUUCCCCGAGAAAACGGGCUUUCCGGUGAAAGUCUACAUCCACGGAGGUUUCCUGCAAUUCGGUUCUCCGCACGGCCUCAGCGCGCAGGCUCAGUACAUUACUGAAACACGUUCAGAAAUCUGGGUGAAUAUUGGCUAUAGGCUUUCUGCAUUCGGGUUCCUCGCUAGUGAUGAGCCUAAAGUGGAUGGAAACUACGGGUUCAAAGACCAAUGGCUGGGUUUACUUUGGGUCAAAGAUAACAUUGCUUCGUUCGGAGGCAACCCAAAUGAUAUUCAGCUCUCAGGGCUAUCAGCUGGUGCACAUUCCGUCCAUCAGAUCCUACACCACAUAUCCCAUCUUCCUGAGGGCGUACCCUCCCCUAUCCAUUCCGCGAUCUUGCAGUCGAACGGUAUAGUCAACACGCCGAAAUCGCUUCGGGAGCUCAGGCCGCAAUUCCGCGCGCUCUGCUCUGCCUUGGGUCUUGAUCCGGACGCGUCGGGCGUCUUAUCAGUUCUCCGCGACGCUAGACGAGUGCCCUGGGCGUCGAUUGCUCACGCUAUCGAAAACCUAGGUGUUCAUGGCACGUUCCGAGGUGCCCUUGACGGUGGUUGGCUCCCUGUCAGCCCAGACUCAAUGACAUGGCAGCGGAGCGGUGACUUCGCUCGAGCUUUGAGGGCAAAGGGCGUUCGUAGCAUCGUCGUCGGCGAUCUGACGGAAGAAUGGUACCUCUACUCCAUCGCGCAUCCCAUUCAUACCCCUGCGGAUAUACACACGAACCUGGAAAGGUACUACCCGGCGGAUCUGGUGCACAAGCUGCUCGCGCUGUACGACAAAUGGCCUCCUCACGAAGGGACGGACGUCGAAGAGUUGCAGAAGCUGUUCGGGGAGAUGUUGAGCGAAGGCCAGGUGCAUCUGCCCGUACGGUUGCUCCACAGAGAUUUGGCGAAGUCCGGUUUUCCCGUUUUGCGUUACGAGAUUCGAUGGACUCCGGAGCAGCUACGACCGUUUGGGUACGUUACUCAUGGCACGGACCGAUCCUUAUGGGCGCUCCGUCUGCCAUCGUUGAAGGGUUCACAAGCAGACGUCGCAAAGGCAUGGUUGGACGGCAUCGCGGAGCAGGUCCGGAUUUUGGAAGAAGACAACGCGUCCUCCGAAUUCAUCGAUCUGAAGCGUGUAUACACCUUGAAGGAAGACAAGACGAUAGGGUGGACGACGGACGCUCGUUGGGACGGUAUUAUGCGUCUCACGAAUGCACUCCCCGGGGAGAGCGGGACGUCAAGGCUUUGA